CCUUCACGCCGUGCCACCUAACACGAAUCUUGCAUGCUUUUGCACACGUCCCUCUCUCGCAUAGCUAGCUUGGUUGUCGUUUGGACACAUUAUUAGCAUUGCGCCAUUUGCUGCUGUGAAUGCGCCCCGCCUACAUAGAGCUCACCACCACCACCACCGCAACUCUGACCCCGCGUAAGCAAGAGCGUCGCCAUCGUCGCCAUGGUCGCCAUAAGCGAUGGAGAUGUGACGAUGCUUCAGGAGCUAAGCGGCUAUCAGCUGGGGUUCGAAGAUUGUCAGAAGCUGCUCAAGGUCUUUAAUGGCAACCUGGAACAGGCGGCAGAGAAGUUCUUCAGCUCGGAUAUAUCGACGGUCCACAAACUCAUCGAUGGAUCAAAGCCUACCUGGGACGAGAGCGCAUUUGGCGCAAGCAGAUAUGCCGACGAGACGAACAGCAGCGUACCCACCUUUAGUAUUGACUACCCACCAGGCUUCGACAACCACUCUCGCAGCGGCGCCAACAGCACAGCCCCUACCCGGCCUAAUUCGCGGAUAGGCACCCGCCCCGGCUCGGCGCUGUCGACACACGCAGGCGACGAUCUUAUGCAAAGCAUCGAGAGCGGACAGGAGUCUGGCGUAACAGGCGGCUUGAAGCCCGUGUUUGGACCUGCCACCCGGAACGACUACGACACCGCUAGCUGGGCUAUGGUUCCAGCCACAACCGCGUCCGAGUACAUUGCCGAUCCCGUACCAAGCCAGAGACAGCGUGAGGAGGGCCAGCCCGCCUUCCUCAAGCCUUCGCCAAGGUUCAACUACCUUCCAGCCAUGCUCACCAUCCUACACUCAAUCCCCCAGUAUCGAAAUGCGCUUUUGUCCCCAGAAGCAGCGCAGGAAGACUAUUGGGUUGGCGAGGAAUGGUGGAAAGGAAAUCCUGCCGGAAGGGCACGUAUCGUGGACAACACAGCUGGGUGGGACGAGGUUUACGAACUCGACAUUAUCUACGAGACGCAGCGGCUUAUGGCUUUCUUGGACAACACGGACAGAGCCUACACGACAAUAGAAUCAAUGCUGGACAUGGACGCGUGGAAGCAGCUUGAAGCGCCUUCGCUUCAAGAUCCAGACGAUGACAUGCUUAAGUUUCUCCUGCUAUGGAGCGCAGCUUAUACGAAACGGAAUCCAGAAUUCAAGCUCGACGGCGUGCUACGGUCGGUCGUCAACGCUCAACAACGGGUGGACAGCUUUUUCCUCGAUAGUACAGUGUCAAAGCGCGAUGGGAGGGAAACAGACAUUUACGACGUGCUCGACGAUACCUUCUUUCCCAAUCCAGAAGGGACUGCCCAUAUCAUGGACAUAAGCAAUGUCCUAAUUUUCCGUCUGGAGGGCCUGCAACAAGACAGAAAUGAACUGGGUUGCCGCAUUCCGGCGACGUUGUAUGCUGAUCGAUACCUUGAAAAGAACAAGCACGUCAUACAAUCGAUGUACGAUGAAAUGGCGGUGCACAACACUCGACUGGAGAAUGUCAAAGACCAGACUGAUAGGCUGAAAUAUCACACGCCGGCGAAGCGCAACUCCAAGAGAAUUGAGUCAUUAAAUCUGCUCAAGACGAGCAUGAAAGCUUUCCAACCUAAAGAGGAUACAGAUGAGCUCGACCCGAAGGACGCUGCCACUCUAUCACACUUGCAAAGUCUGUAUGACAGUGUUGAGAGCAAGCUAGCCACUCUCGAGGGACAGCACAAACAGGCCCUGGAGGCCCUCAAUCACAUCACCAACCGUUUCAAACCUACCAUUGAUGACGGUUCUGAGGUGCUCAUCGAUCUCACUGAGCCCGACUAUCCCGAAGGACAGUCCGCCCAAGACGCCAUGCACUACCCAUACAAACUCUGCGGCGUAGCCACCCGCCGCGACGUCAUCUACAUUCUCCAUCCGGAUAACACCUCGAAAACUCCAAACGCGAAGCAAUGGUGGCGUGUUCAAUACGAUAACGAGUCUGGCACCGCAAACAUUAUUCGUGACCGCGUCGAUCUGCAGCAAGUCCUCGAGCGCGCCACCUCCGAGGCCGCUUCUGUGCUGCUCGUCUACGCUAAUGAGGCCGCUACGUCCGAAUCGCCCAUACCCUUGUCUAAGCCCCUCGAAGACUUUGUCAAGAAGGAUAAAUUGACUUUCCUUGAAGAGUUGCAAAAGAACCACGAGCUCGGCGUAGGGGGCGGAUGGGACGAUUACGGGAAUGAAACGAAUGGAAACUGGAGUGAACAAGCGAACCCACCAGGAUACAACCACGACUGGGCUAACAUCAACUCCCAGCCAUACCAUGAAGAAACAAGCAAACAAAGCUCCGGAAUGAGCUCUGCGACGCUGACACCCAACACGGAAGUGGACGGCGAAUCGGGCGUGCGCGAGAUGGUCGAGGUGAACGGCGGCAUGGACGCCCUGACCGGCCUGCGCAGCGAUCCCAUGGAGGUCGACACUCGAUCGCCGAAUCACGACACUCAGAUGGUGGACGUCAAAGAGGUCCCUGCCGACGAGCCACAGGCUCAGCAUAUUGAGUUUUCGGGGAAGAAGGGCGGUUAGGAGCUGCUCCUGUCCAUGCUGGGGUACGAUUGGGAUGAUUUUUUGUCAGGUGGAUUGCCAGAUGACGUUGCAUGAGAGGAUGGCGCAGUGGACUGUGUAGCUCUGUAGCCGUAUAGACGAAGCUGUGGUUGAUCAACAGCUCGAUUUCAUUCUUGUAUCCUACGAAAUGUUGUCAGCGCUGGUAACGCAGUCCAAGGUAUCCCGGCCUUCGAAGCCCACCAUCAAGCAGCCCUUAUUUCUCACUCCCACUGCACCUCACACCUCACGCCUUAAACCUCUAGCCUCAAGUUUCGAGGGACUUAAGGAUUGAUAGGCCACACUUUCAUGGUUUGCAUUCACACUGAAAAUCAAAAUCAGGAAGACUUUUGCCCUUUUGCUCUACUGAAGACUUCUGUUCUCCAUGAGUCCCC